GUCAUAAGCUCCAACUGAUGGGCAGCACUUACACCUUAGACUUGCACUUUGCACAUUUUUAAGGAAUUAUAAAAGUGUUUUUUUUUACAAGUUUAAUUUGUGUUUUUAUAAAGUUACAGUAUCUAAUAACUAAUUUGUAUAUAUUUCCUAAUUGAAAUGAAUAAAACAGGUGCUCAACCCAAGCAAAGACGUCCAACUGGGACACUUCAGAAUGGAAAAGCUGCCGCAGAUUUAGUUCCCCAACCACCACAAACGUCCGAAUCAACUCAAAACUUGACACCACAAGAAAAAAAUAUUUCUUCAGCGGCUCGCAGUGCUUGGGAAAAGAAUUUUGACGUAUUUGGUCCAAUAGUCGAAAAAAAUGGAUUUACUCGCAACCUUAAGGCGGAUAGGAUUAUAUGUGGUUUUCCACGUAAUCGACAAUUGGUAUUUCUUGUUCAAUUUGGCGAAGUCGAGGAAGUUGUGACCCAACCUGAUAUGAAAAAAUAUGCUCCACAGCUUCUAAUUGACUUUUAUAUUGCAAAUUUAGAUGAUGGUCCACUUGAAAAUUGCUAUGCUAUUACUGAAGGUCCAUUGGUUAGCUGUCCUAGCACUCCUAGCAGUGUUACUCCUAGAAAGCCUGUAGGUCGUAAAAACCAUUCCGAAUAUCAAGUCUCAGAGAUGGAUCUUGAGUUCAAAUCAAAUAUGUAUUUGACCCCAGAAAAGUGUCAACAGUUGGCUGAGAAAUUGCAGCUAACUGAUCGUCAGAUCAAGGCCUGGUUUUCCAACCGUCGUACAAAGGUUAGAAAACUUUCCAUGGCUCAGGAAGGACCCAUAAAAUAGGAUGCGUUUUAAAUCUCCGACAACGCCCGUGGGUAAAAAUGGCCGAGCAUAUAAGAUGCAGUUCAGAAACCAGUUGGGGCCAUUUGAAACUCCUGUUUGCCUUCAAAUUCAACAAAUACAUACAUACAUGUAUAGUUUUACAUGAUUUUUCACUAGUUUCCGUUUCCAUUUGAUAUCGUUCACUUUCAAUUACCACACAACUUUUCACAUUGAACAAGAACAAUUUAAUUAUCACGAAUUAUGCAUCAUUAAAAUGAAAGAAUAAUUUCCAUUGAAA